AUGCAUCGAGUGGCCUUCUCUGCAGACAUCGAGCAAAUGUUUCGUCAAGUGCGGGUGGCUCCGGAGGAUCAACACCUCCAACAGAUUCUCUGGCGAGACAGCCAGACGCAGACAAUAUCGGUGUACCGGUUGACCACGGUCACCUAUGGCAUGGCGUGCGCUCCUUAUCUGGCCAUCCGCACGCUGCACCAGCUGGCGCUGGAUGAGCGGGAACGUUAUCCCCGGGCAGCAGACUUACUUCGUCGACAAACCUACGUCGACGAUAUUCUUGCGGGGGCAGAUGACCUUGGGGAGGCACGCAGUCGACAGCGUGAGCUGAGCAGCUUGCUCAUGGCGGGCGGGUUCCGACUCAGGAAGUGGGCGGCCUCACAUCCGGAACUCUUGUCCGGUAUCCCGGAGGGGGACCGCGAGCCUUUGGUGCCUCUGCCGGACCCUGGGCCGUGGGUGCAUCUGUGCUGGGGGUCGGUUGGAUUCCGGUCGAGGAUGCAUUCUGCUUUUCGGUCAACCCCGGGGCUCAAUCAGCCAUCUCGAAGCGUGGCAUCUGUCAGUCGUUGCGCGAUUAUACGACCCCCUGGGCUGUUGGGGCCUAUGGUAGUACUGGCGAAGAUCCUCCUUCAGGACUUGUGGUUGGCCGGGCUCGGUUGGGACGAGGCUCUCCCUUCUCCGCUCUCGCGACGUUGGGACGCCUUUAGCACCGGGCUCGCGGAGGUUUCCGCGAUCCGAGUUCCUCGCUGGACCGGAUGGUCGCCUGAAGUGGAGAUCCAGCUUCACGGCUUCUCGGACGCCUCGGAGCGGGCGGACGCCGGCGUCAUCUACUUACGGGGCUCGACGGUCUGA